CCUCACCUCACCUCACUCACCUCCAGCAGCUGUUUCCAAUCCCACGAAUCCACCACCCACCCACCACCCUUUCCAAAAAAUCCGGGAACCCCCCCAAUCCGCAACCAUGGACAUCCGCCUCCUCCACGCCUCGGACAUCCCGCACGUGCAACACGCCAACAUUACCAACCUGCCCGAAAACUACUUCAUGAAAUACUACCUCUACCACGCGCUCUCCUGGCCCCAACUCUCCUUCGUCGCCGUAGACGUCGCGCGUCCGCCUAAGUCUCCCUAUGACCCCCCGAGAAUUGUGGGUUACGUGUUGGCGAAGAUGGAGGAGGAGCCAGCGGAUGGGGUGGCGCAUGGGCAUAUUACGAGUCUCAGUGUGAUGAGGACGCAUCGGAGGUUGGGGAUUGCGGAGAAAUUGAUGAGGCAGGCUCAAAAAGCAAUGGUAGAAACCUUCCAAUCCCAAUACGUCUCCCUCCACGUCCGCAUCUCCAACAACGCUGCCCUCCGCCUCUAUCGCGACACCCUCGGCUUCCGCAAUGACAAGAUCGAAGCAAAAUACUACGCCGACGGCGAGGACGCUUAUAGCAUGAAGCUCGACCUUGCUGGUGUGCGUGAGGAGCUGCGUGAGGCGGAGGGGGGGGGUGAGGAUGAGGGAGAGGCGGUGGGGGAUGAGGGGAAGCAGGCGGACGGGGAGAUGAAGGGGAAGGAGCGGGGGGGGAAGGGGGAGGUAUUGAGGAAGGUUAGGGUGGGGAGGGGGUUGGGGGUGGGGGAGUUGGUGGAGAGGGAUGAGAGUGUGAAGGCUUAG